AUGGACACGAAAGAAAUUUGUGAAAGAGCAGCAGUCUUCAGAAUAGCAUUUUUUGAAAAGUUAAAGUUUGGAUGGAACUCUCAGCCACUGGAUGACACCAAGAUGGUUCACUAUCUUUACCGCAUAUUUUACAUGGCUCCCAACGACCAAGAAGUACAAAUUUUUGAGUGGCACAAUUUUUUUGAUACCUAUCAUGAUUUUCCAAUGCGAGUUCAUAUUGACAACACGGAAGACCAUAAGAAAUGCGCAUUAAUGACAGACAUUAUUGAAUGGUUUAGUAAACCAGAAAAAGAUAGAAAUGCACUGAGAAGACUCGGAAAAGCGCCAAAUCAAAUAUACUGCCUUGGAUGCAAAACUGUAGAAGAGAAAGAGUUUCUGAGUUUGAUGGCUCUCCAAAAACUUUCAAAGGCUGAAAAAGCACCAUCACCAGUUGUCCAACCCGUGAGUGGUAAAGCUGCGAAGCGUCUGGGAAUGUCAAAACUAGAAAUGGCCGAUGCAGCUCUUAAUUGCCAACCAUCGUCCAACAACCUUCUGACAUCGGUUAUUGGACCGCCACUUCGUCGUUCUGCAUCUGCUCUUCUAUUUCCUCUCACUGAUCUUCUCGAACAAGAGUAUAUGAAAGAACACGAGUAUAAUGGUGAUACUCUUUGCACUUGGGAAAUGGAAAAGUCCUCUUCGGCCUUUCAUUUGAACUCCACUGAGCUUCCUAAACCUAAACUGUCAAAAACAAACUAUUUUCCAUCUUUGUUCGGAGAGGCUUCCAACAAGAAAAUGGCAGACGACGGACUUCAACGAAAACACGGGACUGUUGAUACACCCAUUCUCAAAGAAAGCGAAGCUCAAAAGAAAUCAAUAGCAAAGCGUAAAAGACAUGAACGACUUCUCAAAGCAAGUGAAUGGUGCCGAGUUACUGAUGAAGAUAAAGCAACAUUAGUGGAAAUCAAAAUCCGGCAACGUCUUCUCUUGAUACAACAUUAUAUUCGGGGUUGGCAAGACAUGGGCGCCAAAGAUGCAACCAUUUCAAAAUGGCUAAUUGAAGACAUCAGCAAACCUCUACACACUCGCCGCUUUGCCAGUUUUGAGUACCAUCAUUUCAUUCCAUCUCAUGUUCUUCAAAUUAUCACAAAAUGUAUCUGUUCAAGAAGAAUGAAACUCACAAAUCCACUAUGUUCAAUUUCAAGCACACAAAAAAUUAAAUGA